AUGCAAUACUCAUACAAUGGUUUUGUGUCUGCGUCAUUGUUUGAAGCAACGGCGCCAGGCUUGGGCUUUGGAUGGAUAUCCGCCGACACUCCCGACUUAGGAGACGCAUAUUGUCUAAUGGGCAGUUUCGGUAACGACUCGGUGGCCGCGCCAUCUCCAAUAGGCUCUACAGGGGACGCGGCCGACGAUAUCUACCUCAGUUUCAUGGAGUCGGCGCAAAUGUUCAGCAUCCGACGGCAAGGCUGCCAUGGGGAAUGGGAAAUCACUCAAUCCGGAGUGAAGCUCCUGGCGGGCCUCUGCUUCAACCAAUCGGUAGCCAACUCGAGCGUCCUUCACGAUUGGGAGACAAAUCCAUUCGCAUUUGAUGUUCUGCCGGUCUUGGUAAACACCAUUGGCAUUUUCAGCACGAUUCGCCCUACCUCUCUCUGGAAACAGAUAUCUUAUGUGGUGGCCGUAGCAAACACAUGGUGGGCUCGUUCUGCUUUCCUCAAUUAUGGGACACCUGACACAGGAUAUAUCUUUCGAACGUAA